CGGCCCUUUGUGCCGCACAUCCCCUUUGAUUUCUAUGUCUGCGAAAUGGCUUUUCCCCGCGUCAAGCCCGCUGCUGACGAGACGGCGUUCAGCGAGGCCUUGCUGAAGAGGAACCAGGAUCUGGCUCCGACCGCUGCUGAGCAGGCCUCCAUUCUUUCCCUGGUGACCAAAAUCAACAACGUCAUCGACAACUUAAUCGUGGCGCCAGGAACGUUUGAAGUGCAAAUCGAGGAGGUUCGCCAGGUGGGCUCCUACAAGAAGGGCACGAUGACCACGGGGCACAACGUGGCCGACCUGGUUGUGAUCCUGAAGAUCUUACCCACGCUGGAAGCUGUGGCCGCCUUGGGGAACAAAGUGGUGGAAAGCCUGAGGGCGCAGGACCCCGGCGAAGUCCUGACCAUGCUGACCAACGAGACCGGCUUCCAGAACAGCUCCGCCGCACCGACAGUGAAGAUCCUCAUCACCCCGGUGCCGCCCAACCUCCGCCAACUGCAGCCGCUUCUUCCAGUGGACAUCAAAGUGCUGCAGAGCGCGCUGGCCGCCAUCAGGCACGCUCGCUGGUUCGAGGAGAACGCGUCGCAGUCCACGGUGAAGGUUCUGAUCCGGUUGCUGAAGGACCUGAGGAUUCGGUUCCCCGGCUUCCAGCCCCUCACACCAUGGAUCUCCCCUCUGCAGGGGCACUACGCUGUGAUGAACAACCCCACCAGGCAGCCGCUGGCCCUCAACAUCGCCUACAGGCGCUGCCUCCAGAUCCUGGCUGCUGGGCUCUUCCUGCCCGGAUCCGUCGGCAUCACCGACCCCUGCGAGAGCGGCAACUUCCGCGUGCACACGGUGAUGACCCUGGAGCAGCAGGACAUGGUGUGCUACACGGCUCAGACCCUCGUCCGCAUCCUCUCGCACGGGGGCUACCGGAAAAUCCUCGGCCAAGAGGGCGACGCCAGCUACCUGGCUUCCGAAAUGUCCACGUGGGACGGGGUGAUAGUGACCCCCUCCGAGAAGGCGUACGAGAAACCCCCGGAGAAGAAAGAAGGGGAAGAGGAGGAGGAGAACCAGGAAGAACCCGCGACGGGCGAGGAGGAGGAGAGCAUGGAGACACAGGAGUGA